AUGACUGGCAUAUCAGCCGGUCCAUCGUUGUCGCUGCCUCACGAGGAUCCCUUUGCGAAGGAGCUUUUUGUCAAACCGUCACUGGUGUCAUCCUCCUUUUGUCACGUGUCUGACCCAUCCGAGUCAGAUGGGCAGGAGAAUGGUUUGCAGCAGACUCAGCCAGAAGGGGAAGAUGAGUCCAGAGGAGGCGUAUCGGCGAUUCUGGGGCCGGAAGUGGCGAAGAAUGAGGUGGCGAGUUGGCCCGUGAAUGGAGCUUUUAAGAUGAACCGGCUGGAUCGUCGGGUCGGGGAGAGCGGUCUGAUUAGUGCAACCGGGACAGGCUCACUGACCAAUCAGAUUGCGAUGAUGACUCAGCCAAUCAGAGACGUCUAUUCGAGUGGGGAGCAGAUCGCCUAUCCUCGCCGUCCAAGCCAUGCCUGGCUGGGGGAGGUGGGCCUCGGCAGCAUGUCCUGCCUGUCAGGAGUGCAGACACAAUUGCCUCCCCUCCCACCGCCGAGGUCGCGGACAACAUGUGGCCUCUCCUCGUUGUGCCCAACGGGCAAACUGACACCGACGUCACAUCCUCGCCGUGCCGCCUCAACUCCCAACCAGGCCCCGCCUGAUCCACUCAGUGCCAGGUUGGUACCGACGAUCUGUACCGAUCCAGCCUGUUUGUUCAUUGUUGACCUGCCGAAAAGACGGUCUCCCGUCUACAGUUGCCCCGUGCGUAGGGGACGAGCCGUCUGCCUCGGGCCUCAGACGGUCGCUGGGCCCGUCUGGCCCAAAGUCUCGGACUACUUUGAGACUGAGUUCACCGCCACCCCCUUUUGCCCCGACCCGGAUACCUGCCCUUUCCAAAGGGCCCUCUCAUCGGAGGCUCUAUUGCGGCGGCGAGCUCGUCACCAGGUCGCCCGAGUCUUGAGUAAUGGCGACUGGCGGUACCAGAGCUCGAGUCGCCGCUCCCUGCCGGCCGGGCCGUCGUCGCUAGUCGGGCCGGGACUCGAACAGACCGACCAGACCAGCCCCGUCGGAGGCGGUCUGCGGGCACUGCGGCGCUUCGUCUCGCCGGCGGCGCUGUCAAGCGAGUCGGAGGCUCGAGAACCGGUUAGACGACGUCUCACAAUCGGACUCGACGGAGGCUGUCGCGCCGGCUCACGAUGUCGAUUCGCCAGGCCUAGCUCGAGGCAAUCGUUCUCGCCAGUUUCCCUGUCGUCACCGCCGACGCUGCUGGUGCGGGCCAAGUCGGCCGUC